CCGGAAAACGUAAACAAACGCUGAAAUCUUUUUUCGUUCAAGUUUUUUCGGACAAAAUCUUGCAAAAUUGUGAAAAAUUGAAAAGAAAUUGUUCGAAAUAUGUUAUAUGAUUUUAUACUUCGAUAGAUGAGAACCUAGCUAAUCAUGGAUUACGAAUUUAAAUUGAAAACAUCGAACGAAAGAACCAAAGUUGAGGAUUUGUUCGAUUAUGAGGGCUGCAAAGUUGGCAGAGGAACUUACGGUCAUGUAUACAAAGCUCGAAGAAAAGAUGGCAACGAUACCAAAGAUUAUGCUCUUAAACAGAUCGAAGGAACCGGAUUAUCAAUGUCUGCUUGCCGUGAGAUAGCUUUGCUCCGAGAAUUGAAACAUCCUAACGUUAUCAACUUGAUUCGAGUUUUCUUAUCUCAUAAUGAUAGAAAAGUAUGGUUACUUUUUGAUUACGCCGAGCACGAUUUAUGGCACAUAAUCAAAUACCACCGAACUGCUAAAGCUAACAAGAAGCCAGUAAUGGUUCCUAAAGGUAUGGUUAAAUCACUACUCUAUCAGAUUCUCGAUGGAAUUCAUUAUCUACACUCGAACUGGGUACUUCAUCGUGAUUUGAAACCAGCCAAUAUUUUAGUCAUGGGCGAAGGACCGGAAAAAGGACGAGUGAAAAUAGCUGAUAUGGGUUUCGCUAGAUUGUUCAAUGCUCCGUUGAAGCCGUUAGCUGAUUUAGAUCCCGUUGUCGUCACGUUCUGGUAUCGGGCUCCAGAGCUGUUACUUGGUGCUAGACAUUACACAAAAGCUAUUGACAUUUGGGCUAUCGGAUGUAUUUUCGCCGAAUUAUUGACAUCAGAACCGAUUUUCCAUUGUCGUCAGGAAGAUAUCAAGACGAGUAAUCCUUAUCACCAUGAUCAACUGGACCGAAUUUUCAGUGUGAUGGGAUUCCCGCAAGAAAAAGACUGGGAAGAUAUUAAGAAAAUGCCCGAACAUAAAACUCUAAUGAAUGAUUUUAAACGUUCCACGUAUGCUACAGCCUCACUAGCUAAAUACAUGGAGAAACAUAGAGUCAAACCGGACAGCAAAGCAUUCCAUUUGCUUUCGAAAUUGCUAUCGAUGGAUCCAAAUAAACGUAUUACUUCGGAACAAGCGAUGCAGGAUUAUUAUUUCCAAGAAGAACCGUUACCUACUACGGAUGUAUUCGCUGGCUGUCCUAUUCCAUAUCCCAAACGAGAGUUUCUAACUGACGACGAUCAAGAAGAUAAAUCUGAAACAAAUAAACGGCAAACAAACAACGGAGCGCAAGGUCAGUCAGACCAAGGCAGCCAUAAUCAUCAACAUGGCCCUAAUGCCAAACGUGUCCGAUUAAGUGGGCCACCGCACCAGAGCGUCAACCCUGGUACGGUGAUGUCGGUCCAGCAACAGCAGCAGCAGCAGCAUCAACAACAGCAACAGCAAACUCAUCAGCAGCAAGUUCAACAACAAGAAUUCCAUCACGUUUCUCAACAUCAGCAAAAUUUAAUGUAUGGGUCGGGUGUUUCUAAUCAACAAGGCAAUUUUAAUCAGCGAUAUUGAACUAGCGUCCGAUCGUCUCUCUGUUGCCUACCUCUAUAUCAAGACUGUUUGAAUUUCAAAAACAUUUUUAAUCUAUUCGUAUAAAUAUUUAAAGUACCGACGUACACGUAUUAUAAUUAAUUAUACAUUGUUUUUAAUCGAUUUUUAUUAUGUAGCGAAGUUUAUUUUAUGCAACAGCUCGAUGAGUGUUGAGUUGCUGUGUAGAGUAGAUUCGUUCGGUUGUAUUAUGAUUAUGUUCCAUUUUAUUGAAUACGACUCGCGUUUUAUUAUUAUUAUUAUUAUUGCAAUUAAGAUUAUUAUUACGUAUUUAUUCUGUUUGUUCUUUUGACCUACUGUUUAUUAUUUUGAAACGAUUAAUAAAAUUUUAUGCAUUGUGUUGAAA